AUGAGGCGGGAUCUGGGGAUCUGGGGCCAAGGGAGGGGGGAGUCUCGGGGCGUGGGUUAUUGCAGGAGCGAGGAUGUGAGGUCCCAGGAGGAGGAGGGGGAGUUAUGCGGGACCCCGGAAAGGGUGUGCGCUCGGGCGGCCCUCGGUCUCGGCGCGCUCUGGGCAGCGGCCUGGGGCGUCCUGCUGCUCACAGCCCCCGCCGGGGCGCAGCGUGGCCGGAAGAAGGUCGUGCACGUGCUGGAGGGUGAGUCGGGCUCGGUAGUGGUACAGACAGCGCCCGGGCAGGUGGUAAGCCACCGGGGUGGCACCAUCGUCUUGCCCUGCCGCUACCACUAUGAGGCAGCCGCCCAUGGUCACGACGGCGUCCGGCUCAAGUGGACAAAGGUAGUGGACCCGCUGGCCUUCACCGACGUCUUCGUGGCACUAGGCCCCCAGCACCGGGCAUUCGGCAGCUACCGUGGGCGGGCUGAGCUGCAGGGCGACGGGCCUGGGGAUGCCUCCCUGGUCCUCCGCAAUGUCACGCUGCAAGACUACGGGCGCUAUGAGUGCGAAGUCACCAAUGAGCUGGAAGACGACGCUGGCAUGGUCAAGCUGGACCUAGAAGGCGUGGUCUUUCCCUACCAUCCCCGUGGAGGCCGAUACAAGCUGACCUUCGCGGAGGCGCAGCGCGCAUGCGCCGAGCAGGACGGUAUCCUAGCAUCUGCAGAACAGCUGCACGCGGCCUGGCGCGACGGCCUCGACUGGUGCAAUGCAGGCUGGUUGCGCGACGGCUCAGUGCAAUACCCGGUGAACCGACCCCGGGAGCCCUGCGGCGGCCUAGGAGGGACCGGGAGCGCAGGGGACGGCGGUGAUGCCAACGGGGGCGUGCGAAACUACGGGUAUCGCCAUAACGCCGAGGAACGCUAUGACGCCUUCUGCUUCACGUCCAACCUGCCGGGGCGCGUGUUCUUCCUGAAGCCGCUGCGGCCUGUACCCUUCUCUGGAGCUGCCCGCGCGUGUGCUGCCCGUGGCGCGGCCGUGGCCAAGGUGGGGCAGCUGUUCGCCGCGUGGAAGCUGCAGCUGCUGGACCGCUGCACCGCGGGUUGGCUGGCCGAUGGCAGCGCGCGCUACCCCAUUGUGAACCCGCGGAAGCGCUGCGGAGGCCGCCGGCCUGGUGUGCGCAGCCUCGGCUUCCCGGACGCCACCCGACGGCUCUUUGGCGUCUACUGCUACCGCGCUCCAGGAGCACCGGACCCGGCACCCGGCGGCUGGGGCUGGGGCUGGGCGGGCGGCGGCGGCUGGGCAGGGGGCGCGCGCGAUCCUGCUGCCUGGACCCCGCUGCGCGUCUAG